UACUGGUGUUUGUAAACAGGGGACACUGGACAGUUGAUAAGUCGUGUUGCUGGAAAUAAUUUUCGAGCGUGUAAACGAACGUUACCAUUAUUUACUAAUGCAGCAACGAGCAACUGCCAAAUGUCUGUUUGACAGAGAAAAUUAACACGCAGUUUUAGUAAUUAAUUUUUUUUAAUUGCUCAAAAAAUCGGAGUGAAUUUUUUUGAAAUGGAGCAUACUGGUUUAACAGAAAAAACCAAACAGCUGAUUCUCUAAUAGGACAUCAAAGGAAGCAUAAUUGAUGACCAUAGUCUCCGGCUGCUGAGGUGAAAAUGGACAUUGAAGAAACUUGUAAGAAACUGGAUUUGCUUUGCAUAGAGGAACUGGAAAUAAUGGAAGAAUAUAUUCGUUGCAAAGUUGAAUUGGAAAAGCUAAUGAAAGCUGGUUUCCUGAAUAUCGCCAAAGCUCGUUAUAUAAUGGGAAAAACUUCCGUUUCAUCAUUGCAGCUGCCUUCAGAAGAUGCUUCAGAUGUCACUGCACUAUGUAAGGUUGUUUUAGACAAGAAAAGUUCAGCUGAAGAUAGAGAGUUUCAGCUCAUGUUAGAUUUCAAAGAACAAGGCAAACAAAUGGAUGAUGUGACUCCUGCUCCCCGGAAGAGAAACAUCACUGAUGAGAACAAACUAAUGGAGGAGAAACCUGUUUCCAAAUUUAAGACUCAAGAUUCUGAUCCUCUUAGGUGGUUUGGUGUUUUAGUGCCACAGAAUUUACGGCAAGCACAAACUAACUUUCAGUCUGCCCUACCAUUGGUUAUUGAAUGUGCUAACCUUCAGCUGAAGUUGUUAGAUUCCUAUGACAAACACAAAAAAGCUCUAAGGAGGAAAAAGGAUAUUUCUACAACAUGAUAAUGUAUUUUUUGGCACUAUAGUGAAUUGUGUACAUCUUAUGAAAUGAGCUGCCAACUUAUGUAUGCAUUCCACAAAAUCUUUGUGUUACUAAUAAAUAAGUGCAUGAAGCAUUAUUGAACAAAUUAUAUGUGGAUUUGGUGGUGGUGGUGGUGGUGGUGGUGGUGGUAGUGGUAAAGGAGUAAACAAUGAGCUGUAUAUUUUCUACCUUGAUAAUUUUGUUGUUGUAAUUGUUUCAUUUUCAUAUUACUUUAAAGUUAAAAAAUGCAAACAUUGUAAGUAAAUAUACAUAAAUAUGUUGGAGCGAACUUGCAAUACCAAAGUUUGGAAUGCAAAACUAUGGCUAAGAAUAAGAACAACAUCCAUCUGUCAGUUAUUGAAACUGAAAUGAAUAGACCAGGGCUGUUUCAAAGAUCUUGAACAUUGAGCUGUUUGAGCAAGGUUUUCGUCUUGAUGGGCUAUCAGAGAGGAGCACCAUUCAGAUUGGCAGAACCAAAAUGGGACAAGAUGUGCGAUGUAAGUUGAAAGCAAUAGACAUGUUAUUCAGCCUAAUUACAAUUUGACAUAUUAAAUGGUGUGGUCUUUUGCAAUUUCCAGUCAGGGUUAUACAUGAAGUUAAUGACAUUUAAAAUAAUGUUACUUUAUCCACUAUAAUGAGAUACAUACAUUAUAUCAUUGUAUUUACCAAAAUUUUAUCCGCAAUGAGAGUGAAGAAUCAGUUCAUUAGGUUUUUGCUUUGAAAAAUGCUGAGCUUAUAUUGACAAGGAACAGGUUUGAAAUCCAUAUCUGUGUAUCCUGCUAAGGUUUACAUGUUUUCCUUAAAACAAAAGAGCUGAAAGUUGGAUAAUUUCUUAAAGAAGCCAUCCCCACCCCACCCUUCUCACGGAGCUAAUGUUCUAUGUCAGAAUGACCUAAUGUUGCAUUUCACGUCUUAUAACCACCAGUGCCCAAGUGUUACAUUACUUAUGUGAUGUACAUUUGUAUGUAUGUUCUUACUGCUGUACAAACUGUUUCUUCAAUAUGUAAAAAUGCCGAAUAAUUUUGGAGAAUUUUACAGAUGAAAA